UAAAUGUUUAUUUUAAAUGUACUGUAGCACGGUACCACAAAUUACUGUUUGAGCAUUGAGGCAGGUUUCGCCGCCGAAGUUGACGAGAUCCUAUACUCCAUAAAUGAGCAGAGGUUGCUGCGUUUUCCUGAUGUAAAUGAAUGUCGUGUUUGCAAUAUGAUGACUCCACCAUCUAAUAAAUUCAGGAAUUCAUCAAGUAUUCACAAGAAGCGGAUAUGUGGAAAUGACAGUCAUCACAAUACUGGCGUCCAUGAAGCUAAACGUAUCCGACGUUCGGAUUCAACUUCGUCGCAUAAAGAGAAUAAUGGACCAUGUUAUCGCAGAGGACCAGCUUCAAGAAGGCAUACUCUGUUUCCAUUGUGCAGUAUUCAUCUUUUGAAUAAUACCAGUGAAACCUCAGCUGCUGCACGCACACCUAUACGAAGGCAGACAGUCCAUACCAAUAAAGUUAAGCGUACCACUUUACCAACUCGUUCAUAUAGUCUCAGAUCCCUGAAUCCUCCAAGACGUAUUCUACGGAGUGGUAGUCAACUUAAGAAUGAAGAUUUCCUCAAUAGAGUUAAGCCAAGACGAAUUUCUACACUGUCUUCUCGUGGUUCAAGGAGAAAUUCAAUACGUGCUUCACCCAACAGAAGCAAUUUCACAAUUACUUCACGAACAGAUAUAACAGAUGUCGAAAACUCUUUGUCAUCAUUGUUGGCUCCACUCCGUUUGAGUUCUGGUGGGAGAGAUCGAACGGCCAAACCAAAGAGACCAAAUACAAGACGCAUGGAAUUUUGUUCACAGGAGUUGGACCAGUCUGGUGAUUGUCACCCUCUCUUGGAAUCUCCGUCUUCUGUACUUAAUCAAUCUAUAGAUGCUGACCCUUUACAAAAUCUCCUGCAGUUAUGUCGACAGUUAGAGGUCAAAUCAUUUAGUGAAUACUUCGGUGGCACACUGUCAACAGAUCUUGUGAAAAUAGGUGAAGGUGUUUACGGUGAAGUCUUUCGAUAUGUCAGGGGGAAUGUGGUCAAAGUAUUUCCUGUCAAUGGGGAACAAAUUGUAAAUGGUGAGAAACAGAUGGAGUUUUCGGAUGUAUUCUCUGAAGUCUUUGUAUCUCAAAAAAUGAGCGAACUCUCCUACAAGUACAGACUCAAUCGAUCAGUCAACUUCGCACAGUUAAAAAAGGCUACUGUAGUUGAGGGUAAGCUUCCUGUGAUUCUCUCUGAGAGUUGGCGAAUAUAUGAGAGCGAAAAAGGUUCAGACAACGAAUGUCCCGAUUUCUUGCCCAGUAAACAACUGUGGAUGGUUCUAGAAUUUGAGUUUGCUGGUGAUCCUCUGGCUAAUAUUAAAUUCAAUACAUGGCGUGAAGCACGGUCUGUGAUUGAACAAAUCGCUAUAUCCCUCGCAGCGGCUGAAUCAGCUGUACAAUUUGAACAUAGGGAUUUACAUUGGCAAAAUGUAUUAGUACGUCCUACAAAGCAAUGGAAAUUACGCUAUCGUGUUAGUGGGAUAAGUUAUGCUGUAUUGACAGAAGGCAUACACGUGACACUCAUUGAUUUCACAGUCUCUCGCCUGUGUCAUGAGGGUAAUGUAGUUUACGUUGAUAUGUCCGAUUCCCCUGAAAUUUUCGAAUGUGAAGGUGAUUAUCAGUAUGACGUCUAUCGUAUUAUGCGUGAAAAUAAUCGAGAUGAUUGGCGCGCUUUCAAUCCAAUGUCUAAUCUCUAUUGGUUACAUUAUCUUAUGGGCAAACUAUUGAAUGAAACAAAAUAUCCUCGACAUGAUCCGGAUUCAGAUGCUGUCGAGUCAGAAUUGCGUACAUUGUAUGAAGUGAUACUAUCAGGUAAUUACACGUCUGCAACUCAACUUGUCAAUUCCAAUUUCUACUUUGAUUCGUGUCGAAUUGGUUGAUUGAGCGAAAGGUCGACGACACAGACUGGCGGCCAAUUUCGAUCGAAAUCAAAACCAAUCAUCAUCAGAAGUUGUUUCUAUGCUGUUUUUUCAUUGUUCGUACGCCGUAACAUUUUUCAAGCAGUGAAUUUGUAGAACAGAUUUUUUCUAUUUUUUCUUUUUAGUUUAUGAUAAACUCUAAAAUGAUGUGUAUAAUCAACAAUCCGGUUGUUUUUUUUACCAAACGUGUGUUCUUCAUCUCUCUGGUGACUGGCGGUAGUUACUAAACAAUUCUGUAGUACGCAGUGCUGCAGUUUUUGCAAUACUUCACUCACUUUGAUGAUGAUGGUGAACAGAUUGUAACCGGGGGAGGGAACUUGUGUGUGUGUGUGUGUAAAGAAACUAUGGGAGGCAACCAACGAGUUCCAACUUCUGCCAAUUCACGCACGAUAUAGCGUGACUGGCUCUAGCCAAUGUCACUGGUGCCGAAUAUUUGUCCUCAUACGCGACAUGCUGUAUCCAUCCCACUACUGGUCACGACUUUCCUCUAAAACUCAGUUAACCAACUGCCCGCGUAAUUAGGCGUCAGAUUAAUAUUCAAGCGUUGGUCCUGGUGGCUUAAUUGUCUACGAGCAACUCACCUUAUAUCUGUAAGGUUAUCGGGUUCGAGUCUGGGUUUUCCAGUGGUGUUCAUCGACCAGUGUCAGUUCGUGAUGAAAAUCCUGUAACAAAUCAAAUCCCUGCUGCAAACCAACACAUGAAUAUUUUUCAUAUGUCACGGAGUAUAUGCGUUUUGAAUGUGGGAGUGCAUCGAUACACUUCUCAAAAAACAAUUGUAAGCAUCCAUUUUAAACCUUUCUCAAUAUUUGAGUGGUUAGGUGAACAGCAUCAUUUUGUUUUGAUCUGGAAUGAAUGUUCAGUAUUGUAAUGAAAUAAACAAUAGUGCUGUACAGGCAGACUAUAUGAAGAGGCUUUAUAUAAACGAAGAGUUCACUGCGGAAAGUUGACUUGAGUGUCGAGCACAUGUGAUUCAUUCACCUCUUUGCGCGCUAUCGAUCCACCUCGUGUCAGUUCUUCAUCUCUAUGUCCAUUUGAAUUUUGAAUGACUAUUUACUUUUCACCUACACAUGUUUGGAUAAUUUGAUUUAAGGUGCCCAAAUGUAAAUUGUCAUCAUCGGAUUCAGUUUAAACCUUUCAGACUGUUGAGUCGCACCAUGUUUGUUGGGUUAUAGUGAGUCUCACAAGUAGUGUACAUAAGCGUGAUAUGGUGUAGCACGUUUGUUAAUUUUUCUCGGGACUAAACUAAAGUGAAUCUCUCCUCAUGUAAGUAUGGAGCAUGGGCACUGUGAUCGGAGAAUGUAAUUCGACAUUAGAUAAGUGUAUUUUGAAUAUCACACAGUGAUGAUGGCAGUAUCACUAACUAGAUGACAAGGUCUCGAGCAUAAAUGAUUGCUGUUCAUGAUAUCAAUGUAGUCACAACUUUUCUUAAAUACUUACUUUUUCUUUCUCCCUCUUGUUGUUGUUUGUUGCCACUUUCUAUAUCUCCAGUGUAGGCGUUGCUUCAUUUCGAGUGCACGUGUUUAGUGCUGAAUCGAUGAACAAAGUUUCAGUGAUAAACCUCUCUCUCUCUCUCACUUCACCUAAAAAUACUACUUUUUAAUACUCUCACCCUGUCCCACCCAACCUAUUUUGUUAUUUAUUAUAUGCAAGUGAAUGCAAUGGCUCAGCCACUUUCUAGGUUAUUUAAUUUACUUUGCGGUGUCAGUCGUCCUACGUCUAGCUAGAUUUUUAUGUUUUGAUAAUGUAAAAUUGACCCCAAUCUACUAGUUCGACUGUCCUAUGCAAUUGACCUCACUCACAGACAUUAGAUGGUAUAUGGUAAAUUAUGCUAUUUUUCUUCACUGGAUCUAUCGGGUUCUUAAGCCGACAGACAAAGUAUAUCUCUGCUACAGUUGGUUGGUUGGUUGGUUUAAAUGCCACCCUAAUUCCAGCCUCAUUGAGGCCUCUUUUUUAUACGGUAGUACUAUAGAAGCUUUGAAUUUUAUAUUAUCUUUUCUGAUUUUCAAUACUAAUCUUUUUUCUUCUUAUGGUUCUUCAUACACUUAUGAAUAAAUUUUAGUAGGUGGUUAUUCACUAGUAAUUUUUUCUUGAUAUGUUUGACUUCAUUAUAUAAAUCUACCUUACUGUUUAGGCUUCUGGCGCAUUUAAUUAAACCGAUCUUCCUUUAUCAAUUUUAAGUCUAAGUAUUUAUUACAGUUAAUCGGUUUUUACUAUAAAUGCUAGUAUCUAACCCAGCAUCUUGCUUUCGUUUUAUUCUACAGUCUAGCAGGGCCAGUUCAACUUGUUCGUUUUCUAACUCAGAAGUGAAUUGGAUUCCAUCUACUAUUGACUUUGUAUAUGUGAAGCAGCGAGGGAUAUGUUCAGAUUUCAACACAGCGAAUGUGUCAUCUACACGUCUCCACCAUAAUCUACCUCGGAGCAGGAUUAAAGGUUCUAAGAGUUUCAUGUUCCUGAAUAUAGAUAGCUAUGUCUGCUACUAUUGGGGAUAUUGGUGGUCCCAUCGCCAAACCACUCGUUUGUUUGUACAUUUCAUUUUGAAGAGAUGUUCCGACUUGGUGGAAGUUGGAUCAGAUCGAUAAACAUUUCCAAAGCGUUUAAAUCUGGUCAUUAUUCUUCUUUUCUGCCUA